UAACCAAACAAUCACAACAAAAUUCUCUGUUCCCUUGACACGAAAAUCUCGUCGUAAACUUGAAUUGCCUUUUUUGGGUAAAAUAAUUGUCAAAAAUUAACUUCUGCGUAAAUUUUAGCUUCGAGGACUCAUCUCUUGAUGAAGGUUGUUCUUACUGAUGAUUAGCUCCUUGGCAAUGACUUAUCAACGUUUGUCAUAUUUCUUCUUCAGCCUUUGUUGUUAAUAAUAUGUCAUUAGAAGAUGGAAGUAGCACAAAGAUCAUGGAGACUGGUGGAGUUCACUGCGCAUACCGCUCCGGUCAACUGUUUGGCCCUGGGACACAAAUCGGGGCGCGUCCUAGUCACCGGUGGAGAUGACAAGAAGGUGAACCUAUGGGCCGUUGGCAAGGAGAAUUGUAUUAUGAGCUUGAGUGGACAUGGAACACCAAUUGAAACUGUUCGAUUUAGUUCAUCAGAGGACAUGGUCUGUGCUGGAAGUCGUGAUGGUGUGCUGAAAGUUUGGGAUUUAGAAGCAGCCAAAAUCGUUCGAACUUUAAUAGGGCAUCAAGAUUGUAUGAAAUCUGUUGAUUUUCAUCCGUAUGCAGAAUUCUUAGCCUCUGGUUCGGUCGAUUCCACAAUCAAGCUCUGGGACAUACGAAAAAAGGGAUGUAUAUUCACGUACAGAGGUCAUAUUGGGUCUGUAAAUUCUGUAAAGUUUAGUCCAGAUGGUCAAUGGAUCGCCUCUGGUGGAGAAGAUAGUACUGUUAAAAUUUGGGAUCUUCGCACUGGUAGUGUUCUACACGAUUUCAUCAAACACGAUGGUCCUGUUCUGUCCGUAGAAUAUCAUCCUCAUGAGUUUUUACUUGCCUCAAGUAGUACUGAUAAAACUGUCCACUUCUGGGACUUAGACAAGUUUACUUCAAUUAGUGCCACAGAAAAGCAAGCGCAUGCUUCCAGGUGUAUAAGAUUUAGUGAAGGAGGAGAAUGCCUUUUUGCUGGUGCCUGUGAUACAUUAAAUGUUUUUGGGUGGGAACCAUUAAGAAGUCUAGACACUGUGUUCACUCAGUGGAGUAAAAUUAGGGAUAUUAGCACUGUUGGAAGUCAGUUGAUUGGAGCUGGUUACCAAGCAGAAGGUGUCAUGAUCUACGUUGUCGAUCUAGCCAAAGUGUGUCCAAUUGGCAAACCCUUGCCUCCUGCAUCUCCGUUUGCUCAUGGCAUGUCUAUUCGUAAAAGUUUCAACAAACAAAAGCCUGCUCCUAAAUCAACUGCCGUGAAACAUCAGAAACCUAUCGAAGAAAAUGAAACUGAACCAGAGGACGAAAAUUUGGCCGACAUUCCAGAUGUUAAUAACUAUGAAGCUGUUUUCUGUCCUAACCGUACUUUGAAUAGAAGUCCGCCUCCAAAUGAAGAAUUGUUCACUCCUCCUGGAAAUAUAACAGAACUGAAUGCACCUGCACAGACCUCACUGCACUCAGGAUCCCAGCUUGCUGCUGAAACUGAAGAAGAAUAUUAUGAAGAAACAGAGCCUUCCCCCAAAGACCAUGCUCCCAAAUCUAUCUAUGUAUCCAAGAAUAAGCAAAGUUCAAGCUCCGAGGUUAUGUCUCCUGUCUCUUCGUCUAUUUGUCAUACUGUAUCAACUUUAACCUCAGGAAUGACUCACACAGCACCAGGUCAAAAUCAUAGCAGCAUGCCUGCCUCGCUCAACUCCCUGUCACCCACUAGUUCAUCAGAUCAUUCCUUCAGUAGACUUGGAUCAGCAAAUCAUGCAGACAGCUCGAAAGAAGCCCGCUCCCAGUCCUAUGAUGACCCUUCAAAAAUCCUAGCACGAGCCAUAAACUUUUAUCCAAAAAUCAGAACAAGUGAAUAUAGAAUUCUUUGCAGGAAAACAAUAGGAAAAAUAAAAAACAUGCCCGGUCCCUUAAAAGCCACCACCAAACGUUUUAUUGCAUCUUUAAAAACUCACAGGGUAUGCAAUUUUGAAAGCAGUCCCAGUGAGCCAGCGAUUAGUAACUCAGCAAGAAAAGUAGGAAAUGGGAUUGGAGUCAAAGUAUCCAAUAAUCACAAACCUGAAUUACCACCAAAACCGAAGUAUCAACUCUCUGUGAAACAACAUCAAAAUAAUGCCAAGAAUAUCAUGAUGAAACCUGGGAAAAGGCCUGGAGCUGGCGAAGACGAUAAUAUUGAAUACAUUCCAAUGACAGGAGAUACACCCGUUGGCUUGGAGCCCAAUGAGUUUUUACCGAAAAGGGGUAGCGGAGGCCAGUUAUCUGAGGCUGAAGUCAUAAGCAGUGUUAUGAGGGGCCAUGAAGAUAUGAUGCGCGUAUUAAUCAGUAGACAACGGAAUCUUCAAAUUAUUUUUUCAGUAUGGCACACCAAGGAUUUAAAGUCAGCGGUAGAGAUGGCAACCGACAUGAAUGAUCUUUCUGUAGUAGUUGAUUUACUGUCAGCCCUCACCCGCAAACCAAAUCUUUGGAGUUUAGAUCUUUGCAACCUUUUGCUACCGAGCAUUCGUGAACUGCUUCAAAGUAAAUAUGAAACUUAUGUUACUGUUGGCUGUGAUGCUCUUAGACUGAUCUUGCGAAAUUUUUCUUCUGUCAUUCGAAAUAAUGUGCAGUGGAGCUGUCCGACUAUUGGAGUGGACAUAACAAAAGAAGAAAGGUAUAAUAAAUGUAAAGGAUGUCACAAUCAAUUAGUAUCGAUACGAGCUUUCCUGUUGAAGCGGCAAACGGUGCAAGGAAAGUUAGGUCAAAUGUUCCGAGAACUGGUUAUCUUAUUGGAAGCAAUCGAUGCUACUUAGCAGUUGCUAAAGGCUUCCUUUCUGUCUCAUCUUUUAUCAUUUGUAAAUAUCGUUUUAAAUUCUGAAACUUAUCUAAUUGAGCCAUAUUCAAACUUAAACAUUUCUCUAAUCCCUAACGUGUCACUUCAUUCAUAAGAAUGAACUAAGUAUUUGUACUAAUUUAUUCAACAUCAACAAAACACUUGGUAUUAACAAAGCUCACCUAUGCCACUUGUGCCUGAAUCAGUAUUAAGUAGUUUUUCAGUCUAUGCGUGAGGUUUUUUCGCGCAUGUAUAUGAAUCUUCACCUUAUGCACAUUUCCUUAAGUAUGUAUUUUUAUCUUCUUUCCUCACGUAACUUAGAGUCUCUAUAGUCUAUCUAUUUAUUUUUAAAUAAUGUCUGCCCUGAAAUACUUUUAAAAUUGCCUAGUGGAAUUCCAAGUUUUACAAUCCAUUCUUUUGUUAUUUUUGUGGAACGUGUUAACUUUUUAAUACAUGUUAAAUUAUUACAGUUAA